UCUCUCUAUCUCUCGGGUCACCUGACUUCGCUAUUCUUCGUUGCCUUGCUGGUUCUCUUCAGUCCUCAUCUCUGUGUUCUGGAUCUCUCGAGGAGGCCGAGGCCGCGUCGCCCUUCUUUGACCUCUCGCCGCUCGCCUCUCGCCGCCGUCCCCGGGUCACUAGCAGAAAGGUUUGCCUACGUGAAAUGGCUGGAGGAGGGGCAAUCCACCAGCUUCUACGGAGGAAACUUCAACCUCAGUCUCAGGCCUCUGCCUUGUUGUCGUCUAUCUUCUCAAAGAGAGGCCAUGAUGGUUCUAGCUCCGCAUACACAAACUAUUUCAGGAGUAUCGCACUCGUUGGAGCUGGAGUUUCCGGUUUCCUGAGCUUUGGAACAGUCGCAUCUGCUGAUGAGGCUGAACAUGGAUUGGAGUGCCCUAAUUAUCCAUGGCCUCACAAAGGCAUUCUUAGUUCAUAUGACCAUGCUUCGAUUCGUCGUGGUCACCAGGUGUAUCAGCAAGUGUGUGCAUCCUGCCACUCUAUGUCUCUAAUAUCAUACCGUGAUCUGGUAGGGGUUGCUUACACAGAAGAGGAGGUGAAGGCCAUGGCUGCUGAAAUUGAGGUGGAAGAUGGACCUAAUGAUGAGGGUGAGAUGUUCACUCGUCCUGGUAAACUAAGUGACCGUUUCCCUCAGCCAUAUUCGAAUGAAGCUGCAGCUAGGUUUGCCAACGGGGGGGCUUAUCCUCCUGACUUAAGUCUAAUAACUAAAGCUCGGCACAAUGGUCAGAACUAUGUGUUCGCUCUCCUAACUGGUUACCGUGAUCCCCCAGCUGGUGUUGCGAUAAGAGAAGGGUUACACUACAACCCCUAUUUCCCCGGUGGAGCAAUUGCUAUGCCUAAAAUGCUCAACGAUGGAGCUGUUGAGUAUGAAGAUGGAACAUCUGCGACUGAAGCACAGAUGGGCAAAGAUGUCGUCACAUUCUUGUCUUGGGCUGCUGAACCAGAAAUGGAAGAAAGGAAGCUGAUGGGAUUUAAGUGGAUCUUCGUACUUUCGUUGGCUUUGCUGCAAGCUGCUUAUUAUCGGCGGUUGAGAUGGUCGGUGCUAAAGUCGCGGAAGUUGGUUCUCGACGUUGUCAACUAAGCUGCCUUAAGAUAUGUUGCCAUGUGGAGCGCUGGAAAUAAGCUCUCAUCAAAUGAUUUUUUUGUUAUCGCCCUCGAAAAUUGAUUCAAUCGACUACUUGGCGACGUAGUUACUUUUAAGGAAUCUCUCUUCGCUAUUUGAGAUGCAAAUAAGGUUUUCGAUAUACAUGAUGCAAGAUGCUAUUUUUUCUUUUUGGCCGACUUGAGUUUUGGAUGUUGAUCUUCCUAAUGCUAUGUUCUUGAGUUGGAAAUACCACCUCAAGAAUCCUUUUUUUUCCUGGAUGAAGUAAUACUGGACAGCAGGUUUCUGUAG